AUGGCUUCCACCGUCAUGCCCCCAGGUCUCGCCGCUGAGAAAUCGGGACCUGCAUCUGUCCUUCAGACAGCAUCGACCGGCAUCGACAACAUUGGCAUCCGGGACAGCACAAAUGCCCUCAUUCCUUCACCGACGCGUUCUACCUUUGGCGGCGAUGUCACGCCAUCUUCGCCAACGUCGCCGACGAUGAGCCACUAUACCAUACAGCAGAAGAAGCAAGAAGCGAGCUCUCCGUCUGAGACCAAUACAAACAGCAUCCUCCACAGCCAUCGUAUCAACAACAGCGCCUCCAAGCUGCCCGCCUUCCGUUUUGCCGACCUCAAGAAGGACACACUCGUGCUGCCAUCGCGUCUACAGCGCAUGCCGCCGUCGCCCGUGUCGCUGCCAUCGCUAUCGCCCAGUGCAAAAGCAAACGGUGUGGCCGAGUCCUCGUUCGAUUCCCAGGAACGCAAGGACCAGGACCGGGACCAGGACCAGGACCAGCAGGAGCGGACGCACAGCGCACUGUCCGCUGUAACUGGCGCUACUGGAACCGCCCCGCCUGCGACAACAAAGCGCCGAAACAGCGCUGGCACCAUCAACGCUGGCCAUGCUGGCAACAGCGCCAAUAGCAUACACAGGCCAUCCCCCCCCAAAAGCCACACCCAUGCACACUCCCUCUCAGGCCCGCCAUCCCUCCCUGUGCCAACAACAGCGACAGCGACCUCGCGUACCUUAACCCGCCCGAGUCCAGCCACCGAAACUAGCACUCGGUCCCGCGUGUCGUCGUUUCAAAACCCUGUGCCCACGCCUGCGGCGCCCGAUUCGCCCAAAUCGCCCAAAUCGCACCAAAAGGAAACCCAAACCCAAAACUACGCACCCAAUCCCAAACACUCCUCGUCCUCCUCGUCCUCCACCGCCAUCACCGCCUCUUCCGCCGUCACCGCCGCCACGUCGCCCUCGACGAAGAGCGCCGCCACCACUUCCACGGUGUCGUCGUCGUCCUUUUCGUCGUCCUCAUUUACGGCGCCGACCUUUACGUCGUCGUCCUCUGCGAUUUCGUCGUCUGCCGAAUUGACUCCGCUCGACGACGACUCUCGCGAUUCCCAGCCAUUCCGCGACAACUCCCCGCCAAAGGUCGUUGUUUCGACCCCUUCUCCCAAUACUACCGUAGCCUUCGCUGCCAAUCCCCUGUGUUCGCCAUCGCCCACCCCUGCAUCUUCCAGGUCGCCCAGAUCACCCGCUUCUCCCACUUCUCCCGCGACUAGAGAACGUGGAUCGCCCGCGCCCACUUCUCCUGCUGGCGCGGCAAGACUGCAACGUACCCUCACCGACCCGAGCCCGUCCAAGAAGAAGACGUCGCAGCACCGCCGUGCGACCGCGUCCUUUGGCUCCAACGACCUCGACUCUGACGGCCUCGCAGCAACGUCCUUCACGAAGCGCUUCCAGGCGACGGCAGAAUCUCAGGCGGAGAACUCUACGCCAACGCCGAUCCUAACACCGGCGACAGCCCGCGCCGACAGCCGCGCUGCCGACCACGACGACGAUCUUGCGGCCUCAGAAGCCACCGGCGCAGACCCGCUCUCGCCUGAAACGUCCACCCAGGAGUGGGCCAAGGGCCAGCGUGAUCUGGUUUCGACCGGCAAGACCAAGGUCACGUCCAAGACAAAGACCAAGUCGAGCUCUCUCGACAUUGACACGCAGGAGUCUGCUGUGCCCGACACGUCAACAACAGCGCUCGCCACGCGACGCUCUCUGCCCCAACAGUCGCUCCAGUCGCUCCAGUCGCCGACGCUCCAGUCUGCCGAUGACAAGCGAAAGACGUCGUCGCGCCCUCCGCUCUCGUUCCGUGCGCCCCGCAACGAGGUCCCGACGUCUCGUCCCAUCAUCCCACCCAUCCGAUCCUUCCGCUCCUCGGGCUCGCGCAAGAGUCUUGGCUUACAGGACAUGAACCUUCGCUCGCCCGGCGGCGGCGCCUCCUACGAUGACGUCGACACCGCUGACGGUGGCGUACUUGAUCCCCGCCAGCGUGACCGCACUCUGCGCGCCCUUGAGGGCCGCAACGCGGCCGACAACGACGAUUACUCUACCGGUACUCCGCUUCCACGGCGCACCGAUCCCGAUACCACGGGUGACGUCUUUAUGCGCAUAGCGCGCGAAGACGAUCGUCUGCCCGACGAUCCCAACGCGACUGCUGCAGUUGCACGAGACACACCGCCGCGCGCUUUGGCCAGCGAGCGGACUACGCCGCUGCGGUCGGCAACAGCAUCACAGCGGCCUGACCCCAUUCGCACACGCACUGUCAUUUCCUCAGCACGACCAUCACCGAGCACGCCUCGAACAUCUGUGUUCUAUGACACGGCGUCUGACGUUGGUACCAACUACUCACGGAGGCGUCCUUCUGUGACGGAACCGAUCAGCAGCGGCACCCCGUUACCACUGCGAACCUCGUCCAUCAAGACCACCCAUAGUUAUGCCCGCACUUACAACUCCUCGCCACUGGUGCCACGACCCGCCGAUGUGCCGCGCCAGGACAUGCACGAUAUUGGCCAUGGCGGCCAGGGUGUUGGUGGUGGCAUGGACAGUACGGAGUCGACUGCUUCGGCCGCGCCGUCGACAGUCUGGGAUGAGCUGGACGACCUCAAGUCGCGUAUGCGGCGGCUCGAGUUGACCGGUAAGAUUCCACCCACGGCUGGUGCGGCCAUGUCGCGGGCAUCCGACGAGCGGCCUCGCACGGCGACCACGAGUGCUACCACACUCUCAGGCUCACCGAAGCGCGUUGCGACAAACGGCCUGGCGGCAGACGUUCGAAGCACGACGUCGUCUCAGCUCCAGCAACAACAAUUGCAGCAGCAGCCUCUACAAUCGCCCCAGCAAGUCAGCCCUCCGGUCCUGCUCUCUGCCCUUCGUGGGUUGAAGCCACAUGUGAGCGAUGAGGUCUUCGGCGCCAUUGAGAAUGCUGCGACGGAAGCCUUGGCUCUGACGCAGAUGGUGGGUGUUGCAGGCCAACCCGGCCCGAUUUCGAGCGGCGCUAGUAGUAUUGGGACCAGCAUGCCGUCCACGGUGACGGAUCGACAGCUCCGCCGCAAGGCCGAGAGUAUCUGCAGAAGCCUGACGGAGCUAUGCUUGACGCUCAACGACGAGGCGGCGCAUCGGAAGGCAGCGGCAGCGGCUGCGGCCGCCACAGCCCAGAUUCAAGCGAACCUGCCACCGCCACCGUCACAACGACUCCAGUUGCAGCAAGAGCAACAUCAGCAAUUGCAACAAGAAGAUCAGCAGCAGCUUCAGCGUCAGCAGCAGCAAAAGCAGCAGCAGCAGCAGCAAGACUUGCAGCAGCGGCAGCAGCAGCUCCAACAACAGCACGAGGACAUCCGCCAGCAUCAGGCGCAGCGGUCCUCACGCGACGACACCAUCACACUCUCGAGCCCGACAACGACAACGAACAAGGCCUUUACCAACCUCGCCAACUCGCGGCGCGGCAUGGUUAUGGAACCCGCCGCAACGCCCGCAAAGCUGCAAACCAGCCCGCGUGCCCCGACACGCUACGAGGACCGUCGCACGUCGUUCCUAAACACGCCCACACUACCCUCGCCACGCCUUGCCCUUGGCCCACCCGUGUCGAGUGAAAAUGCAGGCCGCCGCUCGUCCCUCAUGAUUGCGCGCACACGCCGCGCCGCCUCUGAGGACCCCGAGGACAUGCCACAGUCGACCGGUCGCCGUUCGUCCCUACUGCGGACCCGGCGCGCGGGCACGGAAGAACCCGAGGAAGGCCGCAAGUCGUCUCUGCUGUACCGCUCGCGGCGGGCAGUGCCGGUGGCUGACGAUGGCGGCGUUGGUGUUGACGACGAAGUGGACGGACAACAGGUCCGGUCACCCUCGCGCGCCUUGACCGAUGUGGCGGGCUUGCGGCCGGCGCAGCGCGGACCCCGCGAGUACCACCCUCGGGAGUACCAGCCGCGAGAGUACCCUUCGCGCGACUACGCUGGCCAGAUGCAACAACAGCCGUCGCAGAACGCUCCUACGACCAAUGCAGCUGCCGUAUCGGCCAACGCUAACGUGGCACAGGCAAACAAUGUCGAAGCCAACAACCAUUCGCCACUGGCAUCGUCGGCUCUCCCGCGCCGCCGUCUCGUCCCCUCCAGCCUCAACUCGCGCCUGGUCACACCUCAGACGACAACGACCGCCGUGACCGCGUCGUCGCCGCUGCUGUCGAGCCGUCGCUUCCUGGAGCGCAGCGCGCAGCAGCAGGAGCGAGAUGGUCGUGAUGGCGGCAGCACCGUCGGCACAAGUGGCACUCUGGCCGAUAAGUACGCCGAUGACCGCGGCCAGCGGCAGCUGUCGCUCGGCCAGACGUCGCUGCUGAGCCGCACGACCAGUGUCAGCAGGCGGCGGGAGAGCGCGCUACCGAGCCUGUCCUCGGCAUCGUCCCAGGUCGGUGGAUACCGGUGA